UUAGCUUGUUAUCUCAAACUGAUAUGUCGACCUAAAUUAAAUGAGAAAACGCGCCACGUAUUUAAACAAAUCAGUGAUUGUCCUUCCCACACUUUGCGCGCGCUUCGGCACCCCAAACCGAUAGCAUGGCCAUGGAACAAUUCUCAGCUGUUGCUGAUCAGAUGAGCUCGCGACCGGAACACUGCAACUUUAAACCGAAAACGCUUGAGGACUUACUUAAACUCAAUUUUGAUGAUACGAAAACGGUCGUUACAUCUCAGGCAAACAGUCUGAUUAACGAACUUCUGGUUGAGAUGGUUCUGGAAUUCGCCGCAAGAGCACGCGAGCAAGCCGACGUGGAGAGUGGCCAAAGUGUUUCAGUCGAACAUCUGGAAAAAGUGUUGCCUCAAGCGAUGCUUGACUUUAAUUAAAGUUGGCUUUAAUUGGCCAUUAUAGAGUAACUGGUAUAAUAAGACAUGUUUUUAUACUAUCGUUAUGCUUAAUUUGGCCAUUGUAGGUUAGAUUGUUCCGAUGUUUUGUUGUGCGUCGGAAUCGUGAAAAUAGGUUACAUAAAAUAAACUUAUUUUUA